AUGGAGACGAGGAAGCAGCACCCCACGAGUGCGAGGGGGGUGGGCAGGGUCUCGGACCUGGUGGCGCCACCUCAGCCCACGAGCGAAGGUGCUGCCGAGACACACUCACCGGUGGCGUGGGACGAGCUGCUGCACGCCAGCGAACCCUGCGCCUCAGGCAUCAAUGUGCUGUGGAUCCUGUCCAACCCACACGACACGUGGGGCUCCUCCCUUUGGAGCGGCUGGGAGAUAGCCGAAGCCAUCACCAAAUAUUUCCCAGAUGUCGUGUGCCUUCCGCUGUCGGAGUACCAGAUCACGGCCAAGAGCGACGAGCAGCUGCUGGACACCUUCAUCGAGGCCGGGCAGCGUAAGGAGAAGCGCUCUCUAGACCUCUGCCUCUUCCUGAAAAUCGAGUCAGUCGCCGACCACCUACUAAAAAGGUGUCUGGAGAUGGGGGCGGCGAGGGCCAUUCUGUGGGUGGACGGCCACCCGCACUUGCUGCGAAGCAAAACCGACGGCCGCGCCGAAACGGCCAAGAGCCCGUUCGACUACCACAUCCAGGUCAACACGAUCCCGGCCCAGCACUACGAGGGCGCGAUGACGGGCACCCAGUGGAUGAUCCCGCAGCACAACUCCAACCUGCACGGCCUACGGCACAACGCGUCGGCCCCGGUGCGCGUCAUCGGCUGGCAGGGCUCCAAAAUGAACCGCAUGGCGCCGUUGAUCAGAGAUACGAUCACGGCGUGGGCGACGGAGAGGGGCAUGGAGUUUCGGGAGUUCUUCUACAAGGGCACGCCGGCCUCCCGCGAAUAUCUCCUGGAGGAGCGCGACCAGGCCUUCAGAGACACCGUCGAUGCAGUGGACAUCAUGCCGAACGCAAGGAACAUUUUUCCGCUCUCCAUGGGCAUCCCCACGAUCCUGUUCCCCUACGUCAGUUACAUCGAAGAGCUGCGGUGGGCUCACUAUCCCGGGUUCGCAUCGAGUCUGCCGGAGCUCAUGCGAUGGCUGGAGAUUUUGACCACCAACACGCAUGCACGAGAGAGUCUGUCGCGGUUGGGGAUCCAGUUCACGGAGCAUUUGUCUUUGGACAGAAUCGCCAGGAAAUGGGCGUUUCAUCUACGGACGGCCCUCUGUGGCCGCAAGCCCUCCACCCCACCCCCACCAGAAGUGCCCCAACCAGCUCCAAGCCCCUCAUGA